AUGUCUGACGCCGUUGCCGCUCCAGCUCCAGUCGCCGCUGCUCCAGCCGCUUCAAAGAAGGCCGCCGCCGCUGCCAAAACCAAGAUCCCAAAGGUCAAAAAAGCCGCCGGAGUUGCGCCAACUCAUCCAACCUAUAUUGCUAUGGUUGUUGCUGCUAUUAAGGCUAUUAAGGAUCGUAAGGGAGCUUCGAAACAAGCGAUUCUUAAGCAUAUUGCUCAAAAUUACAAACUUGGAGAUAAUGUUAAAGCGGUUAGUUACCUUAAACCUUAAUUUUAAAGGCCUUAAGAAGCCUAAAAAAUCAAUCAAUAAUUUUUUUCCAGAUCAACGCUCAUCUCAAACUUGCCUUGAACCGCGGAGUCAAGUCAAAAGCCCUCGUUCAGGCCGCCGGAACCGGAGCCAACGGACGUUUCAAGGUUGCUGAGAAGGCCGCCGCUGCUCCAAAGAAGGCUGCUGCUCCUAAACCAAAGGCUGCUGCCAAGCCAAAGGCCGCUGCCAAGCCAAAGGCCGCUGCUGCUGCCAAGCCAAAGGCCGCCGCCAAGCCAAAGGCCGCUGCCAAGCCAAAGGCCGCCGCCAAGCCAAAGAAGGCCGCUGUCCCAAAGGUUAAGAAGGCCGCUGCCAAGCCGAAAAAGGCUGCACCAAAGAAGGCGGCUGCACCAAAAAAGACCAAAGCUUAA